AUGGCCAAAUCCACCUUCAGCGUCCUCCCGUACGGCGCGAUCCUGCAAGGAUUUCGCAUCGGGGACCGCAACAUCGUCCUCAACUUCCCCACACAAGAACUCUACGAACGGUACAACACCCCGUACUUCGGCGCCACCAUCGGCCGCACCGCCAACCGCAUCGCCGAUGGUGUCCUCAAAGACCUCAACGGUCGCUCCUACAAACUCACCACGGAACCGGGCCAACUGCACUCUCUCCACGGCGGCGUUGGCUGGAGCCAUCGGACGUGGGAGGGUCCGCAUACAGUCGUGCGGAACGGCCGCGAGGCGCUUGCGUUCACAUAUUUGAGCAAGGACGGCGAGGAUGGGUAUCCCGGCACAGUUGAGGCGCGUGUAUACUACAGCACUAGUCGGGAAGGGGAGGAUAAAGGGGUCGGCGAGAACGGGGAAGGGAAGACGGUGCUAGAGAUCGAGUUCGAAGCCGAGUUAGUCGGAGACGAAUGCGAAGAAACGGUCGUGAGCAUGACGAACCAUACAUACUUUAAUAUCGGCGACGGUCCCACGAUCGACGGCACAGAAGCCAUGCUGAAAACAGACAAAUACCUCCCCAUCGACCCAACCGGUAUCCCGCUCGGAUCCAUCGAGACAUACGAACCCAUUCGCGUUACGCGCCCUUUCUACCUCGACGCCACAUACCCGGACAUCGACGACUGUUUCGUUAUGGACGACAGGCCUAGCACAGUGCCCAUCGACACGCGCCCGCUUCCACUCCGCCUCAACGCAUUCUUCCGACACGUGCGGACGGACCUGCGCCUCGAGGUCUUCAGUACUGAGCCGGCGUUCCAGUUCUACACGGGGAAAUAUAUCGAUGUGCCGGCCGUGGAUGUGGCGCCGGAUCGACAGUCUCAUGCCGGCUUUGCGGUUGAGCCGGGACGAUUUACGAAUGCAGCGAAUGUGCCGGAGUGGAAGGGGAUGUGUGUGUUGAAGAAGGGUGAGGUCUACGGGUCGAAGAUUGUAUAUAAGGCUUGGAAGGGGAACUGA